AUGAACUUUGCUCUCGAAGACGUCAAUCGUAUCCCUCAUCCGGCUACGGAUUAUCUGAGACAUUCGAAAGAACCGGGUGAUGAUUAUAUGGUCUGGACGGAGCGGCAAACGAAAGAGAUCUUGUCUGACAUCAAACCAUUUGAUCUUUCUACUCACCCAACGAUUCCUGAUUCAAAUGGUGGUGAUCCUUCCAUCCCAUCUCGAGAAUCCCUGAACUCCGCCACUGGGAAUCUCGAUCCAUAUAAACUAUAUCCUAAGGUUCUUGAGAUUCCUGAGAGCUGCAAAGACUUUAUGGUGGAUGUAGCCAAGAAGCGUAAAAACGCUAUGCACAGAUCUCCUGCCGAGCAAUUGCUGUCUACGCCCAUAGGAAGCCCUUUCUCCUUCAACAUGCGCCCAAAAGAAACCAUACUUACUAUACGCGCCAUCAAGAAGACGCAUGAUCUGACUAAAGGGAAGAAAGCCUUGCCUAGUACCUUCAAUCAAAUCAAUGGCAAAAUGUCCCGCCUGAUUUGGCAUACCCUUCCGAACGAGAUACCAGAACCGAAGAAAGUGAAUGAGACGGAUGCUCUAAAACUACGACCAACCUACACAUCACAGACGAUAAACGAUGUCCGCAACCUUCAUCAAAAGCGGACAGCAGCUAGGACUCCAUUUCUACAACUAAACAAGUGCGAGUUGAAGGAGCAUCCGACCUUGACAAAAUGGGAUCAGGACUCUAGGGAGAUGUUCGAAGAGCUCGCUCGACAGACUAACAAAAAAGACUUCCUGCCAUACACACUUCCUAUCAAGGCUCAGGAAGCAUAUGAUAGUGCUCAUCAAAACCAUCAGACCCAGGUUAUCGCGGAAGACCUUCAAGAAAUGGAGCAGGAGAACUGCAGCUACAUGGAAGAAGACUUCAGGCCAGAAGAUGUGGAUCAAUACGAACGGGAUACAGGCCACACUGAUAACUCAAUUCAUUAUGACAAUCGGCAAGCUCUCGACAAUAACGAUGAACCCACUCAAACCGAGCUUCCCUGGCAGGCCGAAAACAGCCAUUCUGGAGGCGAAUCCGAGAUCAAUGGUUACCAGCAAUCCUACGAGGAACACCAGCACUAUGUAAACCAACUCCCGAAUAAUUACUACGAACUUCCCUUUGACCCCCAAAUAGGAGCUGGACAAUGGUAUGAUUCCGCCGAAGACGCUUUUCGAGCAUAUUCCAAUGCGCCGGCAUUUCAUGAGCGACAUCCCACCGAAGAAGAACAUGCUUUCGUGCAAUACCCUGUGAAUGAGUCUUUACAUGAGAAGCUUGAUCUCGAUGAAUGGGAUCGGUUGAGAUCGCCAACUGAUACACCAACUGGCGAAAUUGUUGACGAAUGGGAGCCUUUCGACGAAUCACGAGAUUGGCAGCGGUCCCCUGAAGCUAUACCCGUCCAACCACCAAUUGACUUUUGGCGGCCAGAGGAUGAAGAGGUUUCUUACCAAUUUCGGCCGCUGGAUAACGAUGAUCCUAACCCCAGAUCAUUCGGGACAAGCUAUGGCCCCACGAUCGCGGCUGUGACGGUCAAUGAUGCCUAUGGUGUGCCCGAAUCUCAAAGUCACCAUUACACUCCGAAGCGCCAGUAUACCCCUGAGCCAAGCACCAAUUUACCAUUCAAAAGAGUGCGGCAGAGCCUCAAGGAUGAUACCAUUGGCUUGUCACUGGAGGACGUGUUGAAGAAUCGCUUAUCGGAUGACUUCAUGAAUCUGCAAAGCGCUGUAUCCUCCUCAUUGAAAUGCCCUAACCCUUUCACACUUGAUGGCUUCCUCGAUCUGAAGCAGAAACCCGACUUGAUAAAGGCGUCCAAAUCUGACCCUGUCCUUCGGAAACAGAUCAUCCCUUUACCUGAAGUCAAGAAAGAUUGGACUGCUGAUCCAGCAAUCCGGAACCCAGAAUGGUAUUCUACGGCCAACGAUAGGUCUCAAUCAAGGCAGCAGAACCCAUUGCCUAUCUUGGUAGCAAUGCCUGUUCUCCAGAAUAUCCCAUUAGUCCGUACUCUGCGCAGAGAAGGUUUCGAGUUGAUCGAACGAAUCGAGAGGAUGAAUUCCACGGACAUAAUCAUAUCACCUUCCACAUCUCUGAUUCUUCAAGAGCUCGCUUUCAUAUCGGGUCAUCGUUCGUUUUUGGCAACUGCUCUCACAGACGCUUCAAAGCAUUUCGACCGUGUCAUCGUGGUCUUCGAGACCAUCUCCUUUUCGGCUUCGGAGCGAUCUCUCGACGCGAAAUUGAAUGUCGAUCCACUGAAUCGGGAAGUGAAACAGGGACUUGAUGGACUUAAGAGGGAUAUACAUACCAUCUUCAAGAACUGGAAUGGCCCCCGAGGAAAGGUAGAAUUGGUGUUUGCGUAUGAUGGGGCUGAAUAUCUGGUCAGAGCUUUACAGUCACUACUGGAUGAAGAAGGGAAAGGGGUACGAAAGAAAGAUAAGAAAGCUUAUAAAGACAUUUUUGGUCCUCGAUACUGGUUCCAUAUUGAGCCUUUGGAGACAGAUCUGCAAACGCUGAAUACUCAUUUUGGGCUUAACACCUUCCGUGCAUGGUACGCUCUUUCAAAAUAUGGAAAUCUAAAUCGCCUGGUCACAGAGAUAGAUGAUGAAGAGAGACGAGAAGCAUUCGAGAACGUGUUUGGACAGGUUGUUACCGCAGGAUUCAAUGAAGCCAUUGCGGAGAAGGUGGGCUUGACUGGAAAUUGA